AUGCUGCUUUCUAUCGCAGCAACUCAGUACCGGCUUCUAUCCACAAUGACUUCCCUAACACCCAUGGCCGACAUAAUACGCAAAAAGAUCAUUGAGGCCUUCAAGCCGACCGACCUUCAAAUCCACAACGACUCGCAUCUUCAUGCACACCACGAGGCUAUGGCUGGGAGCACUUCACGGGAAACUCACUUCAGGCUAUCAAUCACAUCCGAGGCAUUUUCUUCCAAGAUGCAGCCUGCUCGACACAGAAUGGUUUACGCACUUAUGAAGGACGAGUUAGCAAGAGAAGGGGGAAUCCACGCACUUCAACUAAAGACUCAGACGCCGGAAGAGGUGCAGGCUCUACUAGAGCGUGAAUCUACAAAUAGCGCCCCGAAAAUACAAUAG